AUGUCACUUCCAGAACCGCUGUUGCCAUUAACAGGCGCAUGCAGCGUCAUAUUCGAUAAUACUUUAUAUUCCUACUCGGCCGCCGGACUCGAGUCGUUGAAAUUGGAGGAAGGGGCAGAAUGGAAAAAAUUGGCCAGUGGACAUUCGGUUGAAGGUGGCGUCUGUGUUGGAUCGACACCAAAAGAUUUAUCGAAGGCCGGGUUGUUUGUUGUUGGCGGAAAGUCGAAAUCGUCCGACUACCCGGGGCUUCAAAAGUUCACAUACUCGACUAAAAAAUGGGAGACUAUAGCCCCGGAGGUGAAUGUGACGCAAAAUCGGGUAUACCACAGCGCGGCGUACAUCAACGGCAGCGAUUCGAUUUUGGUCUAUUCGGGAUCGACCGAGGGAAACAUGGGGUUAUCUUCCCAGACCUUCACAGUUGGGGCAUCUAAGCCAUACUCUGUGCUGGCCUUUCAGUCUACCCUCUCCCCACCAGGAAUCGCGCCAAUAAUACUUCCAUGGUCGGAAACACAAGCCGUCAUGAUCGGUGGCAACCCGACUAACACGCGGGUGAUGCUUUUUGAUCCAGUUGCCUCGUGGACUGACCCAGGAAUAACCUUAGCAGAGCCGUUACCUAAGAAUUCCACGUUGAUGAAGGCGGCUAUCAUGGCCGGUGAUGAUGGUAGCAAACACCUUUAUACGUUUGAUAUGAGCACCUCGCCGAACACGGUCAACAGGACGAUGUUGUUGACUAGCAAUGGUCUCCCUAUAGCUGACGCGGCUCCUGUGGUAGCGACUGUUUCGAGCCGCGCAUUACAAGAUGAUGAUGCUGCGGUUGAGAAGCGAGCGCUUACUGCGGAUAACUGGCCAAAAUAUAACUCGACUCUAGCGCCGCAAAGCAUACGAAAUGAUUAUUCCAUAGCUACCGAUGCGAAUGGGUUAGUAGUGAUAUCAGGUGGGAACGAUGACGAGAUAUUGUGCAUGUUCAAUGCGAAACAGAACGCUUGGAAAAAUGCAACGGCUGUACUUGGGCAACAAAAAGGGUUUUUUAUCGAGUCGACGCCAUCAACCUCAUCAUCGAUAUCUUCCUCCACUCUCGCGCCCUCUACUACCUCGACUGAAGCUCCUACUGCCGCCGCCACUACUCCUGUUUCUACCACGCCUGCAGCUGAAGAUAGCGGGCUUCCUGCGACAACUCUACUAGGUAUAGUACUUGGGACUAUCUUUGGCUUCGCGAUUAUCUUACUAGGCUUGCUAUUCUGGAUCAAACAUCUUCGGAAGCGACAAAAUCAUGUUGACGCAGGACAUGCGCGAAGAGCUAGUGGAAUACCGGAUGAGAAGGCUGACUUCGAACGGGAAGUUGCGAAAACUUCGGGUGGACAUUUCCGAGGGCACGUUCCACAGGACUCUGUAGGUUCAUUUUCAUCAAUGGCCAUCUUGAUGGGUAAGGUACAGAAACCUGCCGUACAGCGCAAAACGAGCAACGAAACGAAGCGCAGUUCUAUCAACAGCAUCUUCAGUAAGCAAUUCAAGAGUACCAUUGGUCGACCGCAGCCUCAAACGAGUCCGGAGCCGGAGUUCCUCUCAAGGGAUGAAAAGGGCGUGUCCUUCGCUGCUGAUGCAAGCGAGCCGAAGCCGCGACCUCGACCAGCAGUGGAUAAUGUAGAUGAUACCAUGAGAAGGAGCUCUGGCUGGAAUCGAUACUGGUCUGAUGGUAGCGCGCUGUCUGUUCUUGGCCUCGGGAAUGGCAACUCGCAGCGUGGCAAUGGUUCUGAACAAAGUUCUUUCUACUCGGAUAAAAACCGCCUAACGCAGGAUUCUGCCACCGUACCAGCCUUAUCUAUACCAGCCUUACAAGUCCCACAAGGACGACCAGAGCUGAACCAGGUCAAUUCAAACAGCCCGACAAUCUCGCAGCACAAUCUUCAGAUAGAGGGAAUGACCGGCCAAAUAGAACGACCUAUAUCCAAUGCAUCAUCCUCUGGUUAUUCUAGUGGCAUCCCAGCCAGUGUCCACGAUACCUGGGAUCCGGCAACGGCGAAAAAGGCUUGGGGCGAUGUGCGAGCUCCAAGUAGUACUUAUAGCCAGAGUAUCUAUCAGACAGUUCUUGUGCCUCCUGCCACGAACAGACCUCCAACGGGUAUUUCUAACCAGCCGCCAUUGGAUAAGGCAUCUAAUUCGAACGACUUGAGCUGGCUGAACCUGGGAGACAACAACAAACCAGCCUUUUAA